AUGCAGCGCUUCAAGUUUCUAAACCGCAAAAACGACCAGCGCGUCCAAAGGUGCUUCUACAAGUGCAGUGCAAACCACCGAAUCACGAAAAUCGUGAGGGAGGUGUAUCUGCGAAACGACAUAAGCUGUGGAGUGGAGAGAUGCAACAUAUGCGAAAAUAAAAACAAGAAAAAGUACCUGGAUGGAGAGAGAAAUAUCCUUAUCUUAGACAUAAACACUAUAGUAAAAUAUAUAGACUUCUUAUACGAGUGCAAUGUGGAUAACAUAUUAAUCCCCCUAACGAUAUAUGAUCAUGUGAGGACCUUUAAUAAAAUAUUGCAUAAAAAACUACAUCAGUUGUGUUACGAGACGGAAGAUAGUAACCCAAGCAGUAGCAAACGGUACAGUGUCUUUGCGAACAAGUUUUGUAAGUUUACCUACGUGGAUGAAAAUGCUGAUCUGUCCACAAAGCAAGUCCAAGAAAUUAUAAAAAUAGUUAUAUGGAUUAAGCAACAUAAUGCGAACCUCAAGCUAAUCGUUGUAAGUAAUAAUAAAUUUUUAAAAGAUGACUGCCUGAAAAAUGGCAUUUCUUGUUUUAGUCUGUACGAAUAUGUGAAGGGGUUAAGGAGGGAGAGCAAAAAAAAGAAAGAUGGUGCGCCUGGCGCCAUCAACUUGGACACUUUAAAAAUGUACUUUGAGGAGGACAUGCUAAUGGAUGAGCAGCAUACCAAGGAGGGGGGUGUGGAAAAUGGCCAAGCAGAUUCGAAUGAGGAUACGUACCCCAUGGGAGAGAGCAGACAAAUAUUCGAACCCCAUUUGGAGAAAAAGGAAAUGAUACAAAGGCUUAGGGAUAAGCUCAUUGUGAAGGGCAUCUUUCAAGUCAUCUGCGUUAAUAAAAUGGCCCUUGUGAAAAUUACAGAAACGGAUGAGGUUCUUAUAAGGGGGUCUAAAAAUAUGAACAGAGCACUGCACAAUGAUGUGGUGGCGGUGCAGAUUUUGGAGGAUAGUGAGGGGGAGCUCUCCGGGGAGGAAGAGGAAGACUACUUCGAGGAGGUGAUCAGUCCGGAGGAGGAGCAACAGGAGGAAGAGCAGGACCAUGGGGAGCAUUUUGACGAGGGGGGAAAGAGAAGAAGUGAGGGGGAAAUCCCCCCCAAGAACAGUUGCAGAAAGGGCAAAUUGUACGGAAAGGUAGUCGGUAUCAUCAGCAGAGGAAGGAAAGAAUACGGAGGUGUGAUAAAGACAUAUGAAAAGGAACAAAGUGCACAGAGAAAGAAAAUCUUAUUCUUUAAAGCCUUUAAUAAUAAGGUACCAUAUAUUAUAAUAAAGAGCAGCAUGGGAGAAGAGCUAAAAAAUAAGAGGGUAAUUGUCGUCAUAGAUAGGUGGGAUUAUAAUUCCAAGUAUCCGUUGGGGAGGUGCCUAUCUGUGUUAGGCAUAUGCGAUGACGUCGAGACGGAAACUAAAUUAAUUUAUAAUGAGUACAAUAUAUCAACGAAGGAGUUUAGUGAAAGUGCCUACAAGUGUCUACCUCCCAAUGAUUGGGUAAUCCCAGAGGAGGAAUAUUCCAAGAGGAAAGAUUUUAGAGAUGUGCUAACGUUUAGUAUUGACCCACCAGGGUGUGAAGACAUUGACGAUGCGCUAUCCGUGCAGGUAUUGGAGGAGCAAAACGUUAUUGAGGUAGGAGUACACAUAGCAGACGUGUCUUACUUCGUAAAGCAGAAUAGUCCACUAGAUUUGGAAGCCUCCAAACGGUGCACAACAGUUUAUUUAAUAAACCAGCGUGUUGAAAUGCUUCCAAAAUUGCUGACCACAGAUUUGUGUUCCUUGGUAGAAGGUCAAGACAGAUUGACCUACAGCUGCAUAUUCACAUUUGAUAGGAAUUACGAAAUUAGGGAUAUCAACAUAAAUAAAUGUAUCAUCAGAAGCAACAAAUCUUUCUCAUAUGAGGAAGCGCAGAACGUGAUUGACGAUAGGGGGGAUUCUUCCCCCACGGCAGAGGCGCUACGAUUACUGAACAACAUUGCGAAGCAUUUAAAGAAGAAGUGGCUAAAUGAAGGGGCAUUAGAACUGAGGGGCAAUUCAGAAGUACUAUUCGAAUUUGAAUCGAACGAUUUUUCAAAGACGAAAAAUUUAAAACCAUAUGUAUCAUACGACACGAACAAGCUUAUUGAAGCGUUCAUGCUUUUAGCUAACCGAUCCGUGGCAAGAAUAAUCUAUCAAGGUUUCAAGGCAGCCAGCGUGUUGAGAAGGCAUCCUCCACCGAAGAAUGAAAAUUUGAAAGAAUUAAAUGAUUACCUCGAAUCGAUAGAUAUUCACGAUUUUAAGUAUGGCACUUCUAAGGAACUUUCCUACUCAAUUAAUAAUAUAAACUUGAAGGAUGAUAAAGUGUUGUCAAAUAUUUUAAAAAUUCUGAUCACCAAGUGUAUGAAUGAAGCUGUGUUUAUCUCAGGGUAUAAUGUACACAAUAAUGAAAUGCUGAGGCACUACGGAUUGGCUGCAGAUAUUUACACCUUUUUUACUUCACCCAUUAGGAGGUAUGCAGAUAUAAUGGUUCAUCGUGUUCUGAAUCACAUUUAUGGCAUUGAAAUAUUGGACAACAAAUAUUUGGACGUUAUUUAUCUGAACAAACAAGUUUCCCUCCUAAAUGAAAAGUACAGAAAUGCCAGAUUUGCAGGACGAGCAUCGGUGGAAUUUUUCUCCUACCUUUAUAUUAAAAAAGUGGGGAACCAAAUUACCAAUGCAGUAAUUACAAAUUUGAAGAAAAACGGAGUACAAAUAUAUCUACCAUGUUAUUCGGUAGAGGGAAUUUGCUACUUGAAGAGGAAGGACGGGUUCGUCUUCGAUGAGAAACGCAAGCGCUUUCAAAAGAUUGAUGAAAAUAAUGAGGUGCUCUUCUCCCUCAGCUUCUAUGACAAUAUCCAGGUUCACGUUCAGGUCGACAGCGGCGACAUCAAGUGCCAGAAUAACUUUGUUUUUAUAAAAAAACUGUAA